AAGGGACCGUGGAGGCCUUUCCGGCUGCGGAGUCUGAGGCCCUGCGGCGGUCUCCGGAGCUCCGGCGGGCGGGGGGCUUCCCAGAGACUGGAGAUGCCCAAGGCAGCUCCUGAAGGGAGGGUUACGGGAGACCCGGAGAGCUUCCAGAACUACCGCCCGGCUGGCCAGCCUACCUCGAGGAGCGCGCCCCGGCGGGAACUGUGAUGACAGGACCUGAGGCGGGGGAGGGGAGUUAGUCCAUAAGGGACCAUCUCAUUCGGAAGAAGCCCGCCGUUUUACAAAUGAGGAAACUGAGGCGGAGGGAAGUUGAGGAGUUGGCUAGAGCAGAAGCCCGGUUUCCCAGCGACUUCUCCGUGGGCUUUUUCUGUUCGCACCGUCUCCUUUGCUUCCUGAGCUGAAAUAGUGGGGACCCAGACCCAAGAGGAAGCUGAGGAUCCUUUUUCUGUGUGCUGAGGGAUCUUAACGUCCUUUUAGGUGGCAAAAGGACCUAACACAUUAACAUAGUCCAUUUACCACGUUAAUAGUUGCCUGAUCACAAACAACUAAAGGUUCUUGUGAAUCACAUCUCAGAGGUUGAGAUUUCCUAAACAUGUAUUGAAUCCUUAAAGUUCCAUCCGCGGUGUCUCAAACUAGUUGUUUACUAGUCACCAUGAGUAAGGGAGUUUGGGUGGUUGACUGAUAGCUGGCGCAGUAAAGGAAAGUCUGUAAUACUAGGCAGCUGAGGGCUGGAUGUCCAGGAUUGGAUUCCUUUGCGUUCCUGGAAGAGCCAGUUACUCCCUUUGGUUUAUUGGUGUAGAUCCUUUGCCCCUACCUGGACAGACCUACCCUGAACUCCAGCUGUUUCUCCUAUAUGGCGGCCCUCUCUCCCCAUAAGACUAAGUUAAAAGCUUAGACCCUGGGAGAUACCCUAUGCUUUCAGGGUAAUUCUAUCCCUUUCUUCCACCUUAAUAGGUUGUCCUUCAUACAUGCAUUGACGUUACUGUCCCAAGAAAUCUGCUUUUGGAUGUGUUUUUGUAAGACUAAAGAGUCGGUGCUGAAUUAUUCCCACUUUCAUCUAGUGCAUGCUUCCCUCUAAGCGAGUGUAGCAGGGUCAUCUUUCCUCCUCACCUGUCAAACAGUUCAUAUUUUUUAUACUUUUUUUGGGGGGGGGGGGUUAGUUUAUACUCUUAGGUAGUUUAUACUGUUAUCCUCUUACGUAGUUUAUACAAAUCCCCUGGAGGCCCUGGCCUGCUGAGAUAUGAAGAAUUCACCAGUGUUUCUCUACAGAGCAGAGUGCUAAAGGGCCUCAAGGGCCUCACGACUGUGCUCCAAAAGUAAAGGCCUCAUCUAGCAGUCAUUCACACUUUCUUUCUCCUGGAGGAGGGGCUCAUGCAUAUCCCAUGAGCCACUGGGUGGCUAGAGCCAAGCUAGAACCCAGGAACUGUCUAAGAAAAUCCUGGUGGGGUUGGGGAAAAUAGGUCACAGUGGCUGGACAGUGAGGUCACAGAGAGGUUUGUCUUCUCAGACUCCAUGGGGGAGGGGCCUAGAAGGCUGAGGGGCCCCAGAGGUCCCCCAAGCCCAGGCGGGGGACAUGGUGUGGGAAAGGCAGCAGGAACGGGGGCCAGGGAGCUGACUACGGGGGGGUCGGGGGGCCCGGAGGAUGAGGGCAGGAGCAGGGACGGGGCAGUCAAGAUGGUGAGGAGAAGCCGGAGAAGAAGGCUGCAAAAAUUCACCGGGCUGUGCAGACAGGAGGAGGGGCUCAGGGUGAAGCGGAGCUGCCCUUCAUGUGGCCCAGAGCCUGGGGGUGAAGAGAAGAAGGGCAGAGGGAACCCUAUUUCUGUUCAGCUGUUCCCCCCAGAGCUGGUGGAGCAUAUCAUCUCAUUCCUCCCAGUCAGAGAUGUAGUCGCUCUGGGCCAGACCUGCCACUACUUCCAUGAAGUGUGCGACGCUGAGGGCGUGUGGAGACGCAUCUGUCGCAGGCUUAGUCCUCGUCUACGAGAGCAGGGCUCUGGGGUCCGGCCCUGGAAGAGAGCUGCCAUUCUUAACUACACAAAGGGCCUGUAUUUCCAGGCAUUUGGAGGCCGCCGCCGCUGUCUCAGCAAGAGUGUAGCCCCCCUGCUAGCCCAUGGCUACCGCCGCUUCUUGCCCACCAAGGACCAUGUCUUCAUUCUUGACUACACGGGGACCCUCUUCUUCCUCAAAAAUGCCCUGGUCUCCUCUACCCUUGGCCAGAUCCAGUGGAAGCGAGCCUGCCGCUAUGUUGUAUUGUGUCGCGGAGCCAAGGAUUUUGCCUCGGACCCAAGAUGUGACACCGUUUACCGUAAAUACCUCUAUGUAUUGGCCACCCGGGAGCAGCCAGCAGUGGUAGGCACAACGGGCAGCCGGGCCUGUGACUGUGUCGAGGUCUAUCUGCAGUCCAGUGGGCAGCGGGUCUUCAAGAUGACCUUCCACCACUCCAUGAGCUUCAAACAGAUUGUGCUGGUUGGUCAGGAGAACCAGCGGGCUCUACUGCUUCUCACAGAGGAAGGAAAGAUCUACUCUUUGGUAGUGAAUGAAACCCAGCUGGACCAGCCACGCUCCUACACAGUUCAGUUGGCCCUGAGGAAGGUGUCCCGUUGCCUGCCUCACCUUCGUGUGACCCGCAUGGCUUCUAACCAGAGCAGUACUCUCUACAUCACAGACCAGGGGGGAGUAUAUUUUGAGGUGCAUACCCCAGGGGUGUAUCGUGAUCUCUUUGGGACCCUUCAAGCCUUUGACCCCCUGGACCAGCAGAUGCCACUUGCUCUCUCGCUGCCUGCCAAGAUACUAUUUUGUGCUCUUGGCUACAAUCACCUUGGCUUGGUGGAUGAAUUUGGCCGAAUCUUUAUGCAGGGAAAUAACAGAUAUGGGCAGCUGGGAACAGGGGACAAAAUGGACCGAGGGGAACCCACACAGGUGCAUUAUCUGCAACGUCCCAUUUCCCUGUGGUGUGGCCUCAACCACUCUCUGGUGCUGAGCCAGGGCUCGGACUUCAGCAAGGAGCUUCUGGGCUGCGGCUGUGGGGCUGGAGGCCGCCUCCCUGGCUGGCCUAAGGGGAGUGCCUCUUUCGUGAAGCUCCACGUCAAGGUCCCUCUGUGUGCCUGUUCCCUCUGCUCUACCAGAGAGUGCCUCUACAUGCUGUCCAGCCAUGACAUCGAACACCAUCCCACCUACCGGGACCUACCAGCCAGCAGGGUGGUGGGGACCCCCGAGCCUGGCCUGGGAGCUGGAGCACCCCAGGACCCUGGGGGGGCAGCCCGGGCCUGUGAGGAGUACCUCAGCCAGAUCCACAGUUGCCCCACAUUGCAGGAUCGCAUGGAAAAGAUGAAGGAGAUCGUGGGUUGGAUGCCCUUGAUGGCUGCACAGAAAGAUUUCUUCUGGGAGGCCCUGGACAUGCUGCAGAGGGCUGCUGGAGGGGUUGGCCCAGGCCCCUCAACCCCUGAGAGCUGAGCCCCUUUCCUAGUCUUACCCCUGGAGGGAGAGUCUGGCCCUGGGCCAGGAGCUAAGGAGAGUGGGAUGGUAGCAAUAAACAUUGUAUGUGCACGUGGGGAGGGGUGGGAAUUGCUAGGCUUGCCAGGGUGGGCAGGGAACCGUUUUGUAAAAUGUUCAGGGGGCUGCCCGGGAGGGACCCCCAACCUGACUAUCAUGGACAAGAGAUUUGAUGGGCAAAUAGAAUAAAAGGCUGAAGUGAGGCCCUCUUUGGAACCCUGGGGCCUGGGAGGAAAAUAAGCAGGGGAUGGGGGCCCUAAUGCCCCCCAAUCAGGAGGGCGAUGGAAGGCAGGGGGAUGGACGAGGAGGCAGAGAGAGCAGAAGUGGCUCAAGCAUUCAGGUGCUGCUGAACUGACCACCUGAAUCUUAGAGCUCUCUUUCCCCUCCCACUCCCAAGAGUGGUCCAGGCUUCUUGACUUGAAGUCCAAGCCCCACCUUCUGGAACAAUGCAGUCAACAUAUGCUACUCGGUCCCCUUAUGGAUCCUCUGUCUGUCAGACUUACUCCCAUCCUGAGGGGGCCACCUGCUUCUGACCUCGGUCCCUGUGAAGUCAGCCCCCUCCUCCCCUCUGUUUAACCUUCCUUCCCUCACUUUCUCCUCCAUCCUCCUUCUCACUAAGAGGGAUGCUCCUUUUAUCCACAUCUAACCCACUCCCGGAUCUCCAAAUAUUUGGGAGGGAAAAUGGGCGGGCAGAAAGAAUUUUCUCCUUGGCCUAGUCUGGUCCAGGGAUGCAAAGAAGACAGUAGAAAUUUGAAGUGGAAAAUCAGCUGGAGCAGAGGGUGGUCAGGAAGGGGGUGAGUGACUAGUUGUUGGGGGUCUAGGGAAGGACUUUCUACGGGUGCUGAGGAGGCAGGCAUGGGGAGGAUCAUGAGGAAGGACCAGAGGCUGUAUUCACGGGAUGCUUGGGUACUGGACACAGCAGGCUUCCAGAUGACAUUACUUGAUGCCUGCAUUACAGCUGAGGGUUGAUGCUCCCUCUGCCCUUCGUUGCUCCACCCCCUACUUAGGUCAAUAU